UCCACAGCAAAAAUCCAGCUUUGUAUGGAGAACUUGCCAAAGGCCAGAGCCCACCGUAUAUGGUGUUUGCCUGCUCAGGCUCAAGAGUCUGCCCAUCUCAUGUGCUGGACUUCCAGCCUGGAGAGGCCUUUGUGGUCAGAAAUGUUGCUAACAUGGUUCGACCAUAUGACCAGGCAAAAUUCAGUGGAUCUGGGGCUGCCAUUGAGUAUGCAGUUCUUCAUCUCAAGGUGUCCAACAUUGCGGUCAUUGGACACAGUGCUUGUGGUGGUAUUAAGGGGCUUCUGUCUUUCCCAUUUGAUGGAACCACCUCUACUGAUUUUAUUGAGGACUGGGUCAGCAUUGGUUUACCUGCAAAGGCCAAGGUGAAGGCAAAACAUGGGGAUGCACCUUUUGGAGAGCUCUGCACACAUUGUGAGAAGGAAACUGUGAAUGUUUCCCUUGGAAACCUGCUAAGCUACCCAUUUGUGAUAGAAGGCCUUGUGAACAAAACUCUGGCACUGAAAGGAGGAUACUAUGACUUUGUUAAGGGAUCUUUUGAGCUCUGGAGCCUCCAGUUUGACCUGGCUUCUUCUUUCUCCGUGUGAAAACCAUUAUCAAUGACCUCAUCUUGGUUCCCUAAGUAUUCUCCUCUCUAAAAUGUAAAAGAUGUGGCCACAAUUCUGCAUUGGAAGCUAUAGGGUCAUGCUUAGAGAUCCUGUGUCUGCGAUGAAGAGGCCUAGCUACCUUCAUCUUAUGAUAUUCAUAUAUAUCAUCUAUCUAUAUAUAUGAAACAAUGAACUGGGUUCAUGUAUGUCUUCUUUUAAUAAGAGUUGUAAAUCCAAUUGGGACGAAAUUUUCAUUAUCU